GAUGGCGCUGUCAGCAUUGGGUUUUGUCGGAACGAUUGGAGACGAUGAUGAAAUUCACAUUGUUUCAGAAGAAUCGGAUAGUGAUGACGAGGCUGUCAAACCUAAAAAGAAGAGACAGAAAAAAAACACAGAAUUUGCCAGUGGCUUUGAGUUCACUGAAAAAACUGUUGAUGAUGGAGCCCUAUGGAAUAUUGAUAUGUAUUUACGAAAGAAAAAACUAAGCUCAUUUUCAACAUUGGAUGAAAAAAUUGCACGUUUGAGGAAAGAAAAGAAGAAAGAAAAAUUAACUGAGAAAACAUAUUCGAAAAAAGAUAAUAAUAAGGUGCAGUUAGAGGAAAAUAAAGAGGAAAUGGAAAAAAAUGAAGAAAGUGAGGAGAAAGAAGAUGGAGAGGAAAAUGAGGAUGAAGAUAGUGAUACAGAGAGUGAUCUUGAAAGUUUAUCAGAUGAUGAACUCAUAGCUGAUACUUUACUCCUCAAGAAACAACAUGAAAAAACAUUGGAACGAGAGAAAAAGAAAAGAAAAGGAAAAGAUAAAGUGAAAUCAAUGAAUUCAGAUUCCAAUCAAUUAACUUUCCAAGAUGCCCCGCCAUUGGACGAAAAUACAAGUUUUCAGGAUAUGAAUCUUUCUAGACCACUUUUGAAGGCUAUUAAUGCUAUGAAUUUUGUUCACCCAACCCCGAUCCAAGUUGCGACUAUUCCAGUUGCUUUGUUGGGAAAAGAUAUCUGUGCUUGUGCUGCUACAGGAACAGGUAAAACUGCUGCGUUCAUGUUGCCUGUGCUUGAAAGAUUGCUGUAUAAACCUAAACAAGCUGCAGUCACUCGUGUGUUAGUUUUGGUGCCCACCCGAGAACUGGGAAUUCAGGUACAUUCCGUCACUAGACAGCUUGCCCAGUUUACUGAGAUUGAUUCAUGUCUGGCAGUCGGGGGUUUGGAUGUGAAACUUCAAGAAGCAGUUCUUCGCCAGGGUCCUGAUAUCGUUAUAGCAACUCCUGGUCGACUCAUAGAUCAUCUACAUAAUGCUCCAUCAUUUAGUCUGAGUAAUAUUGAGAUUCUUAUAUUGGAUGAAGCUGAUAGAAUGUUGGAUGAAUAUUUUGAGGAGCAGAUGAAAGAGAUCAUACGAAUGUGUUCCAUUACGAGACAAACAAUGCUGUUUUCAGCUACCAUGACAGAUGAAGUCAAAGACCUUGUGGCUGUUUCUCUCAAGAAUCCUGUCAGAUUGUUUAUCAACGAAAAUACUGAUGUAGCUUAUAAUCUGAGACAAGAAUUCAUCAGAAUACGAGAGAACAGAGAAGGUGACAGGGAGGCCAUUGCAGCAGCUUUAUGUAGCAGAACAUUCCAUGAUCAUGUGAUCGUAUUUGUACAGACGAAAAAACAAUGUCAUCGCCUUCACAUUAUUCUUGGAAUGCUUGGACUUAAUGUUGGUGAAUUGCAUGGUAACCUAUCACAAACGCAGCGUUUAGAAACAUUGAGACGAUUCAAGGAAUCAAAUAUCGAUAUCAUGCUAGCGACUGAUUUGGCUGCACGUGGUUUGGAUAUUGAAGGUAUUAAAACUAUUAUUAAUUUCACCAUGCCGAACACAGUCAAGCACUAUGUACACAGGGUAGGAAGAACAGCUAGGGCUGGCAAAAGUGGAAGGUCAGUGUCUUUAUGCGGGGAGAAAGAAAGAAAGAUGCUGAAAGAGAUUGUAAAGAGAGCUAGAAACCCUGUAAAAAGUCGUGUUGUGCCUCCAGACAUUGUUGCUAAGUACCGUGACAAAAUAGAAAAAAUGGAGACUGAUAUUGAGAAGAUUAUAAAGUUAGAAGAAGAGGAAAAAGAAUUGAGGAUUUCUGAAUUACAAGUGAAUAAAGCAAAAGCCAUCAUAGAGCAUCAUGAUGAAAUCUACAGUCGGCCAAAAAGAAGCUGGUUUCAAUCACAUAUGGAGAGAAUGGCAGAAAAAGAAAAACUAACACUUGGCAAGACCAAUGUCAAACCCAGCAACAAGAGCAAGAAACAACAUAAAAAACCUGAAACACCGGAAGAGCGAGUUCAAUUUGAAGUGAUGAAGGCACAAGAAUAUGCUAUCAGAGAAGCUAAAAGAGCUGGUAAAGCCAAAAGAAUGACAGUGUUUGAUGAUAAUAUGCCAGAUACAACAGCUAAAGUAUCAAAGAAGAAAGUGAAAUCAGUGCACACUUCAUUUGAAAAAGAACUCACUAAUACAAGUAGACGAGCAGUCAAAGGUUUCAGACACAGACCAUCUUCAUAUGAAGAAAGAAAAAAGAAGAGUAAAGGAGGAAAAUUCAAGUCAAAGAAGAAAUUCAAAAGAAGAUAAUUAUAUGAUGAAUUGUCUUUAUUGUGAAUAUUUCUCAAUUAUAUGGUAAAAUAAAGUUGAUAUAAUUUUAUUCAGAAGACUGUUAAAAACAAAACAAAUAAAUGAGAAAUGACAUUGCCCAUG